AUGGAGGGAUUAAUGGGGACCAAGGGCAGUAUAUAGUAAUGUGAAGACACUGCUAGACCACCAGUCACCACAAGCUCACUGACAGCCAAGCGUCCAUACCUGCUACACUACCAAGGCCUCCACAUCUCACCUGCUUGUCAUAACUUAGCCCAACAAAACAACAACAAUGAAACACAUCCUAUUGGUUAGUGUGUGUGUUGUGAUGGUGGCCAGGGUAAGCCAUGGCCACCCCGCUUACCUCACAGCUGGGCCUGACGUGUCUUCCCAGUGCCCUUCACCCCCUAGAGAACAUCCAUUUCUGCUGCCCAACCCUACUGAUUGUUCCUCCUUCUACAUGUGCACUUGGGACUCUAUCGCCAUCCUCCAACACUGUCCCCUCCACCUCCAAUUUAACCCCACUCUACAGGUGUGUGACUAUCCAGCACACUUCUCCUGUGUCGUCUCCACCACACCUGCUCCAGUCUACAAUGCCACCACACCUGCUCCAGUCUCUAAUGUCACCACACCUGCUCCAGUCUCUAAUGCCACCACACCUACUCCAGUCUCUAAUGCCACCACACCUGCUCCAGUCUCCAACACCACCACACCUGCACCAGUCUCCAACACCACCACACCUGCACCAGUCUCCAACACCACCACACCACAAACUCCAUUAAGCAGGAAAAGGCUUGAAAAAGUAAACUGA